UUUCCGUAAGCCUGUCAUUCUUUUUCAGGAGCAAUAUGCUAACCUUCAUCAGAGUGGAAGGUUUUAACAACUAAUGAGAUUAUCUUUUCUUUCAUCAUCUGUGCUUUUAAAAUCACUUUGAAGCACAUCCUGACACUAUUUGCCGCCUGUUUGGACCGAUCUGUAUUCACAAAGGCGUCAUUACCUGAAAAUAUGGAACAAACCAUUACAACAUUAAUCGGGGGUUGUGCUGCAGUGAGAUUGGGAUUGGUAAACAUAACUGAUGUGUAGAGUUGUUUGUACAAUGGCCAAAACUUCUUGAAGAUGGCAUCAAACUUCGCUGACCCAUACAUCUUCUCAUCUGACACACUUCCCUCUGACCCUCGGUUCCUGCCACCAUUGGCUAAUGGGCAGCUGGGUUGGAGAGUGUUUGAGAAAAUCAUGCAUAUGGGUGGAGUCUAUAAUGGAGAGGGAGGAGCCUGUCACCGUGCUGAUAUUCCAUGUCCACUUGCAGUCUGGAUGAGCACAGAGGAGGAAGGAAAACACACAUACAGUUUGGACACUCAUGCUGGUAUAUUCACUCACACCAUACUUACCUCUUAUGUGGAGGCAUCUCAGCUGUUCUAUGCUCACCGGCAGUUCCCAAACCUUAUGGUCAUGGAGGUGCUCCUACAGCGGCAAAUGACCACUGAGGAACCCAUCAUAGUAAUGCUUGACAGUUCUUUUACACCGCACAGUGAUGACAUCACCUUCCAAACUGCUCCUGACUAUAAAGGAGGGAGGCAUAUCUUCGGGAAGACUAUGUUCCCAGAGGUCCCUGGAGUGCCUUGUCCCAGUGUGCACCUUAUCUGGAGUCCACUGACCUCCACUGUUACUCUUCUGCCAGACCAGCACCAGUCUCACUGGAGCUUCCUGCUAGCAAUCGCAGAGAGCAGGGAGAAUGCAGAGUCCUCUUUUGACACAGGACUGGAACUCAUGGAACAUGGCAAUCUGCAGUCUUCCCAUUCAAAGGCUUGGGCGGAGCUAUGGCUAGGAAGCAGGGUGGAGCUGGAAGGGCUGGUACAUCUGAAUCGAGCUUUGAUUGGCUGCAUGUUCUACCUCCUCAGUGCAUUCCCCUCAUUAUCAGAGACACCUAUCCAGUUUGGGGGAGUCAGCCCUGGAGGACUGUCUAAUGGGGGCCAGGGGCAGGACUACUGGGGACAUGUUUUCUGGGAUCAGGACUUGUGGAUAUAUCCCAAUAUUGCACUCUUUCACCCUAAACUGGCCAGAGCUGUCCUGGACUAUAGAAUGCGGACAUUGGAGGGCGCCAAAGCCAAUGCCCAGAAGCAGGGCUAUAAGGGCUUGAAGUUCCCAUGGGAGAGUGCCAUAUCUGGUUAUGAGGUGUGCGCAGUCAAUAUUUAUGGACAGCAGGAGAUCCACAUUAAUGGAGCUGUAACUCUUGCCUUCCAGAAUUACCUCUACCUAACACAGGACCUUGCAGUGUUCACAGAGGGGUAUGGCAGUGAAGUGGUGUGGUGCAUAGCAGAUUACUGGGUGUCCCGGGUUACCUGGAACCCUGAUGAUCGGCAAUACCACAUUAAGGGAGUGAUGCCUCCUGAUGAGUAUUACUACAAUGUUGACAACUCGGUGUACACAAACUCUGUGGCCAAAUACAGUCUGCAGUUUGCAGUGGAGUUGGCUAACCUGCUACAGCAUCCUGCACCUUCAGAGUGGCAAGAAGUGGCUGAUAAGCUCAAAAUUCCAUUUGACCCGGAACUAAAAUACCACCCAGAGUUUGAUGGUUACAAAAGGGGGAGUCAAGUAAAGCAGGCAGACACAGUAUUGCUAGGAUACCCACUGGGUUUACCCAUGAGCCGAGAAGUUAGGCAGAAUGACUUGGAAUGUUAUGAGUCUGUCACUGACCCACUCGGUCCUGCUAUGACCUGGAGUGUAUUUGCAGUGGGUUGGUUGGAGCUUGGUGAAGCUGAGAAAGCACAACAGGUUCUGCAAAAGUGUUUUAAGAACAUCCAGGGACCCUUCCAGGUAUGGAGUGAGUCUUCCGAUGGCUCUGGAGCUGUUAACUUCCUCACUGGCAUGGGUGGAUUUUUGCAGGCAGUCCUGUUUGGGUACACUGGCUUCAGGGUGCAAAGGGACUGUCUAAUGUUUGCCCCACUGUUACCUGAUGAUGUGGCUGUGCUCAGUGUGAAAGGUGUGAGUUACCUUGGAAAUAAGAUGGAUUGGUUGGUGAAGAAACAGGAAAUCAGUGUUGUAGUGAGGAAGCAGGCAGAGGAUUCUGGGAUUGAUAAACCUUCUCCUCUGGAGAUUGUCCUGACAAGGUCAGGAAACAUAAUUCCUCUUAUCCCAGGGCAGUUGGUGAUGUUUCCAAAGCAACCUGGCAAGAUCCAAAAGCAAAAUUCUAAGUCAUAUUGCUGGUUUCUUUGAUCAACAAAUCACAAGCCAGUUUGAAUAGCUGGUCAUCUCGAAGAUCCAUUUGUGCAAAGAAAUAAAUUUAUAGUUUCUGAUCAACAUUAUUAAUGUUAAGUGAUGCUAUUUUAUGUUGAAAUGAAGAGAGAUGUUUUUAUUGUUUGUUUUGAUUACAAAGAACACUGUACCAUGUUUCUUUGCCAAAUAAAUACAGAUAAUCAAGUAAUAAAGUCAGGAGUGGGGAGAAAUGUACUUUAGUACUAUACAAAUGAAGUCCACAAGGUUUCUAGAAAACCGGUUUUGAGCCGGACGUUUAGAACAGCUGUGCAAGUAAAGGGGGAUCUAAUUAUAUAUAGGGGAUGAGAUGAUGAUGUGUUGCUUGUGUUUUACCUGUUCAUAGUGGAUGCACUGAUCUAUAAAAUAUUGACUGUUAAGACAACAAGAAUUCCUUUGGUAUUGGUACAAAUAACAAAAUGGAUAAUCUUGUACUUAAACACUUUGGAAUACUCCAGGAGAUGAGGAGGCUGAAUGGAGAAUAAAAACCUCCUGCAUAUUAA